AUGGCUACUGUUACGAGUGACUUGAAUUUCUGGCAUAUAACGGGUGAUUCAAUUUUCAAACAGGUUUGGCUCAGUGCCGGGAAUUCAAAGGCUAUAUCAAUAAUUGUUGCUAUUUCUGUGAUAAUUUUGUCACCCAUCAUCGUGUUUGGAAAUUUAUUGGUCGUUUUUUCCAUUUGGAAAGACCCUAUGAAGAAACUCUGGAAAUGGCCAUCAAACUAUGUAAUAUUAUCACUAGCAGUCGCCGAUCUUAUGGUCGGUUUAGUGAUUUGUAUUUUACUCAUGUACUUUGUAAUCUUACAUCGCUUUUUCAAAUAUUCCAAGGCUGCCAAAACACAAGACAGUACGGCAAGUUGUCAUCAACGGAUGCGUGAAAGAGAAAAACAUCUCUCCAAAGCUGUCGCUGUUGUUACCUGUGCAUUUCUAACCUCUCUCAUUCUCGUAUUUUUGCGUCAAAUGCAAGCUUAAUUUAUCACAACUAGUAUUUGUGUAGGCAUUUACGUUCGUUUUAAUUUAUGAUAAUUCUGGCGUAAAUCCAUUCGUAUACGCCUGGAGAAUCCCUAGAUUUCGGGCGACAUUCAAGGACUUUUAAACAAACGAGGUAGAUGCUGUGGUCAUAAGGACAAACCAGUCCAAACCUCUGUUUAUGAUACAAGACUUUAGUAACUUCAAACUGUGUGACAAGAAACAAGACACCUUUUUCUUGUAGGUUAUAACAUUUGAAUGAAAGUUCACCUUUUGCCCUUGAUCCCUGGACUUGGUUUAUCCCGGGUGUUGGCGGCAGAUCAACUGAUCAAAGUAGACCCGGAGGGUUUUGAUGCGGCCGAAUCAACUAAGAUGGACGAACGGUUCUCGACGGCAGCAAUUUGUUGUUUUAAUUUUUGUAUCCGUGUCUCCUUGGCUAACGCUUACUCUGGCAGCAGUAGGUCAUGUAAUCUGGCGGCAACUCGGCCUCCUUGUCAACGGCCGGUUCUGAUUCCGGCUUUGACGCCGUGUUCCUCGAGAGCUGUACGGUCUCAUCAGUUCUCUCGGCAGACUUUUGUGGUAGUUCGCCCUCAUCCCCGGUUCAGCGGGGAACAGGGUCCGCCCGCAAGUGCAAAGAGUGCGGAGUCUUGCAGCCCGGCCAGUUAGAAGAACAGGUUCUCGUCACUCAUAGUGACUAAUACUGCGAAAACAGUCCACUAUUGUCAGCAACAUGCAAUUGACCGACUGAGCUCACAGCUAGGUAAUCCCAAUUAUUUAUACCUAACAUGACCUUACUUUUACUGACUUGCACGAGCUGAUGGGCCUAUGGAGACUCGCCUGAUAAUGUGCAAUGAAGAAGUAAAGUCACAGGUACCAAGUAAUCGCACAACAUGUAGCAGUGUACAGCCUAUGAUACAAGACUUCCUAUGUGCCCUUAGUUACUUUUGUAACAUAGAAGUACAUCAUGCACGACUGACUUUGUCCCCUAACCUUUGUAUAACUUUCAAGAAUGAAAUGUUCAGUCGUGGUCUUUGAAUAAUAAUUUUUCUUAAGACAAAAAUAAAGCGAUAAAAAGCUGUACCGAUCGGCUAUUUUAGAUUUACACUCGAAACCAUGUAAGUUGUAACUUACAUUUAAAAAUGUACCAAUUGUGAUCUAUUAAUGAACAGACGCAGGACAGAACGGAAUGUAUUUAUUUGUUAAAUAUAGGCAACCGCGUCAUUCGAGCGUCAUGCUGACGCUAUUGUUUACGGUCUAGUUCCCUGUAAACUUAGGUAGAGAUUGCGUCGCGGUAUAUACAAAAGACCUCUUUCGUUUCGCUUUUUGAAUGCAGCAUUGCAGAUUUUGUAACAGGGACAACUUGUCUCUGACCAGAACUUCCGGCAUCAAGCACUGUUAUCGAUAUGCGAUCUUAUCUCAUUUUUUAGACAACCACUCAAUACAUACGUUACCCUUAUCCUUUUUGACAAACAUAAGAGUUAAUACACAUUCAACACUCAUUAACAAUGCUUGAGUCAGCGUCUGCUGUAAGUCUAUACUGUUUUCUGGACUUACAACUAAAUCAAGACACAAGCGUGUUUCUACUCCAGCCAAUUUCCCCCAAUUCAACGGCUUUGUCGUUGGUCUUUUGCUAAAUCGAGAAACAUCAGUAUUACCCAAGAACUUAAUGUGCUAAGAAGGAGAGGUACCCACUACAAGGCGAGUCAGUGACCUUAAAAGGUUUUGUGCAUCUUCUUGUUUCUCUCUUUUUAUAUCCCCGAGUCACCGAGUGUUGUAUGCCAUAAGCGAACGUAUGAACAUAACUGGUUAGAUUCCGCUAAAUAUAAGUAACUGAUCGCCUAAUAGAGAUGGAGAAAAUAAAGAUAACGCAGAUGCUUGAGAAAAACCCUCCAGGGACAUUGUCCUGAUUAUGCGCAAGUGCAAACGUCAUCUCUUAAAUGUGACGAUAUCAAGGUUUUCAUGGCUACUUCGGUCUCAGCCAAUAGGAAAAGAGCAUCUCAGCAUCUCGCCAUCGGUGUCUAUAUAAUAAACAGAAUAUUACAUGCCCGUUCGUGGUACGAAUUUCAUCUUCUCGUGUUCAACUCGAUAUCUCACUCGUUCGCAGCGGUCACUAAAAAGAACACUUAAAGAUAAAAUUCGUAUCCACGCUCGGGCAUGUAAUAUCCUCUAUAUAUUAUCAUUGGCCUUUAUCAAAAUUGACGCACUUUGAUAUUUUUCCACUUUUAUGACGUAGGACAGUCGGAGAAAAGUAAAUUUAAUCAAACUGUUUGUUUCUUAAUGUUCUGGAGUAAAUUUGCACACGAAACUGGCGAAUUUUGUUGGGUUAAACCUUCUUUCAAUUACAAAAGCUCUUUCCAUGCCGAAAACUUUAAUUUCUAAUCUUAUUUAAGACUGAGUUUUAAGACCGUAAAGGUAUCAUUAGUUAAUAGUUGUUAAACCAAAGAAGCGUGUUACAAUUUAUACUUAGUUGUUGUACAGGGUUUAAUGACGUUUUCUCGAGAUGCCGAUUUCAUAGCCAAGUGACAGACUAAGGAUGUGUAAUAUUUAAAAACGUAAGACCGAAUUUAUCAUGCCCAGUCUAAAUUUGUUGGUGUUAACAGAGGCUAAAGAGUUAUGGACUUGAAUGAUCGUUAGUCGGUGAAAGUCCGAACCAUUAAACACGCAAUGAUAUGUGAACUGACGCUUUGUAACAUGUUAUGAUUGAUUGAUCAGGAUUAGUCCAAUACAACAAAGACGUCGUUGACUUCUAAGAUACGUAACAUUUUACUCGACCACCGGUGUGCACAAUAAACCGCGAUUUGUUUGAACAAGGUUGUGGGGAACUCUCCUUCUGAAUCGUUUGAAAUGGCAGCUGUCUUAGGACAUUACAACUUCUGGAACAUAACAAGCGAGCAAGCUUUACAAGAAGCUUGGCUUCGUCUAGAAAAUGUCAAGCCUCUUUCGGCCACUAGUUCUGUGCUCUCGAUAGUCAUGGCGCCGAUAAUAGUGCUUGGCAAUUUGCUGGUCUUGUUAGCAGUUUGGAAAGAUCCGCUUAAGAAACUUCGCUCAUCACCAUCGAGCUUCAUUUUGGUCUCCAUGGCUCUCGCUGAUCUGUCAGUCGGCUUGGUGGUUUGUCCGAUCACUGCGUAUUGGGGCUGGGUAAUAUUUGACAAAAACACAUCGCCUUUUGGUCUUUCCGUUAUUUUUGCCAUAAACGUUUUCUCUGUGAAUGUGAGCUUCGGCCACAUCUUCCUGCUGACAGUGGAUAGACUUUUCGCCGUGGUAACACCGCUUGAGUAUCGUUUUAAAAUAACGAAUAAACGAGUACUCGUCGCUUGUUGUGUUUGCUGGAUGUACUUCGUAGCGUUCGGGUGUUCAUUUCUGAUGCUUCGGGACUAUUUUGCCAUAAUGGUUACAAUCUACAACGUACAGCUUUUAUCCAUUCUCUUAAGCAUUGUUAUAAUGUACGCAGUUAUGAUGUUCCAUUUCCAUAGGUACUCAAAAACAAGAGAAAAAGAACAGCGGCAUUCAAUAGACAAUCGUCUGAUGAUCCUCAAAAGAGAAAGAAAUCUCUUCAAAGCGAUCGCCAUCGUCAUCUGUGCAUUUCUUAUUUGCUACAUGCCCUGGUUUAUAGUUCAGCUAUUGAUAUAUUUGUGCAAACCAUGCCACCCUCACUUGGCUCUGCUUAUGAUUUUCUUUGGAUUUUCUGGCACUUUAACGUGUGCAAACUCCUUCUUGAACCCGAUACUUUAUUCAUGGCGGCUUCCAAAAUUUAGAGAAACAUUCAAGUACUUUUGGAGA